GCGCGCGGCGCCUUUAAGGCUUCCAGCAGAGCCGGGCGCCAGCAUCUGAGAGCUGCGCUGGCUCCGGCGCGGCGGCGGGAUCAGAGCCGCGGGCUGGGGCGGAGGGCCGGCGUCAGACUCGUGCGGCGGGACCCAGGCGGCUGAAGUCCGGGCAGAACCUCAUUUUCAUCUUCUGCCAGAGCCAGCAGCAGUUGGGAAAGAAGGCUCUGCUUUUUGAAGAUGAGGGACCUGUUACGCCAAACCUCUUCAAAGAGACAAGACAUCUAAAUGCAGCUGUCACAUCUUCAUGGAGAAGUUAGGGAUGACAAGUCCCCUGCAGGUGCCAGCCAGCCUUAAAGAGCAGAAUGGAUCUUGACGUGGUUAACAUGUUUGUGAUCGCAGGCGGGACGCUGGCCAUCCCAAUCCUGGCAUUUGUAGCCUCGUUUCUCCUGUGGCCUUCAGCGCUGAUAAAAAUCUAUUAUUGGUACUGGCGGAGGGCUUUGGGCAUGCAGGUCCGCUACGUUCGCCAUGAAGACUAUCAGUUCUGCUAUUCCUUCCGUGGCAGGCCUGGGCACAAACCUUCCAUCCUCAUGCUCCACGGCUUCUCUGCGCACAAGGAUAUGUGGCUCACCUUGGUCAAGUUCCUUCCAAAGAACCUGCACUUGGUCUGUGUGGACAUGCCAGGACAUGAGGGCACCACCCGCUCUUCCCUGGAUGACCUGUCCAUAGACGGGCAAGUCAAGAGGAUACACCAGUUUGUAGAAUGCCUCAAGCUGAACAAAAAACCAUUCCACUUGGUAGGUACCUCCAUGGGCGGCAACGUGGCUGGGGUGUACGCUGCUUACUACCCAUCAGAUAUCUGCAGCCUAUCUCUUGUGUGCCCUGCUGGCCUGCAAUACUCAAGUGAUAAUCAAUUCAUACAACGGCUCAAAGAACUGCAGGACUCGGCCGCCAUAGAGAAGAUUCCCUUGAUCCCAUCCACCCCGGAAGAGAUGAGUGAAAUGCUCCAGCUUUGCUCCUACGUCCGCUUCAAGGUGCCCCAGCAGAUCCUGCAAGGACUUGUCGACGUCCGCAUCCCUCAUAACAGCUUCUACCGAAAGCUGUUUUUGGAAAUCGUCAGUGAGAAGUCGCGGUAUUCCCUUCAUCAGAACAUGGACAAGAUCAAGGUCCCAACGCAGAUCAUCUGGGGGAAACAAGACCAGGUGCUCGAUGUGUCUGGGGCAGACAUGUUGGCCAAGGCCAUCGCCAACUGCCAGGUGGACCUUCUGGAAAACUGUGGGCACUCAGUGGUGAUGGAGAGACCCAGGAAGACAGCCAAGCUCAUCGUCGACUUUUUAGCUUCUGUGCACAACACAGACAACAAGAAGCUGGACUGAGAUCCUGACUGCAGCCUGCACUCUGCACACGGCAUCCACUCCCAUCUCCAAAAUCUGAUGCUGACACCACUUCUCAGGGAUCCUGCCCCAAAAGCGGUCAGAGCGCCAGCGUCCCUGAGGAAGCCAGUCUCCUACCCCCAGUGAGGUCCACAAAGCUUUGGGGGCCACGAAGAAAUCUCCAAGAUGUUUUUCACAAAUGGAAAUUCAUGUGGAACAAGAUGAGAAAAUCCAGUCUUGAAAUCUACCGAGAAGUCUUCAAGUUCAUGUUGCAAAGCGGCCACCUCUAAAACCAUAAUCACCAAGGACAUCAUUUUCUUUAAAACAUUCCUCACAGACUGAGACUCGAGGUACUUCUGUUGCUUCAGAUGUUCUCCCUGCAUGGUUAGUGGCUGAGCACUAGUCCCCAUUCGCAGAGCCCCUCUUGUUUAUGUCUUAUUUAAGUUUUACAUAAGACCCAUAUGUGAAUGCAGUCCGACAGCUGCAAGACCCUGGAGGAAAAUGGCAGGCUGUAGAAAAUAUUUAUACAGGCAGGGGGCAUUGUUCUGCCUUGGCCAGCCCUUGGAGCAGCAGAGAACAUAGGUGGGUGGUUUGAUCAGCCCCAACGUGUCAGGUAUGCCAUGAGUGGACUCAGAACCAUCACCGUACGAAGAACACCUCGCAGGGUGGGUUUCCUGGAAAUCAUUUAUUACUUUUAAAAACUAGGACUAAUGAAGCAAUAAUGUUCUAGACAUCUAUAAAUGAUCAGACUCGGUUCUAAGUAAUCAGAACACAAACACCUUGUGGGCCUCUUUUCCAUGUUGCUGUGCUACUGCAAACCCUUGGAUGUAAAAUACUAGUUUGUUAAUGAAUUCUGUGAAUUCUGUGAACAGUAAUGUGAUUGAAAAUAACUCUAUCAACAAAUGUAAAAAUGACCACAGUGACGUGAAAUAAAUUUAAUAAAUCUAGGCUAGCAACAUGCAGA